AUGGCGCCAAGCUCAAGUGUCUCCAAUCCCUUGCUCGAUGUUCAGAUUAUAGAGAAGCUGAGCAAGAGCAAAUAUACGCUUUGGAAGGUGCAGGUGCUCACCGCCAUACGUGGCGUGCGGAUGGAAGGUUACAUCACCAACAAGAUCGGCACUCCUCCAUCUGAGAUCGACGACAAGCUACCUGAUGGCAAGAUCACCAAGGUGCCGAAUCUGGCAUAUGAAGAAUGGUAUGCCCGAGACCAGCAGGUUCUUGGGCUCAUCUUUUCAAGCAUGGGGAAGGAUGCCCUCGUGCAAAUUGCUACUGCAAAGAUGGCGGCGCAGGCAUGGCAAGAAGUCAAGAGCAUGUUCACCGCCCAAACUAGGGCUCGGUCGGUGAAUGUGCGCCUGGCGUUGACAACCACAAAGAAAGGUGCAUUGUCAAUUAUUGAAUACUAUGCCAAGAUGAAAGGGUUUGCAGAUGAGAUGGCGGCCUCUGUAAAGCCGCUAGAUGAUGAAGAACUCAUCGCAUACAUCGUCAACGGGUUGGAUUUAGAAUUCAAUCCCGUGGUGUCGGCGCUCGUCACAAGGGUGGAACUGAUCUCGUUUACUGAGCUCUACUCCCAGCUGCUCAGUUUCGAGAAUCAACUUGAACUCCAAGAUGGCUCGGGAUCCUCCGUCAACAACAUCAGCAAGGGUAGUUGUGGCUCAUCUGGAGGUCGUGGUGGUGGAAACUGUGGGCAUGGCCCUAGGCGUGGUGGUCGUGGCGGCUUUGGCCAUGGAUGCGGCAACCAGAACCAGCCAUGUACCAAUCAGCAUCAGCAUCGCUCAUCUGGAAGCUCCAGCAACAUCUGCCCGCUCUGCCAAGUCUGCUUCAAGAAGGGGCACCUCUCCUCUGACUGUUGGCUUCGCUACAACGACACCUACAUCCCCGACAAGCGCCUUGUUGCUACUGCCUACAACAACACCUACAGUGUGGAUACCAAUUUGUAUACCGACACUGGAGCUAUGAAUCACGUCACAAGCGAGCUAGAGAAGCUCUCCUUCCAUGACAAGUACAAAGGAGGCGAGCACAUUCAUACAGAAAGCGGUGCAGGUAUGGAGAUCAAACAUGUUGGUCAUUCUAUUGUUCCAACCCAUUCUAGAGAUUUAUAUCUUAAAAAUAUCUUACAUGUUCCUCAAGCUACAAAGAAUCUUGUCUUUGUUCAUCGCCUUACUAAAGAUAAUUCUUCUUUCCUUGAAUUUCACCCUGAUUAUUUUCUUAUCAAGGAUCAGUCCAUGAAGAACACGAUUCUUAGAGGAAGAUGCCACAAGGGUCUCUACCCCCUUCCUUCGGUGCGUCCAAUGAAGUAG